AUGGACUCUCAGACGUUAAUUCUUAAGGCCAAUAAGGUGUCGUACUAUGGCAGCUCUACAAGUGGGGAAUCCUGGAGGUAUGAUUGGUACCAACCAUCUAAAAUAAGCUCUAAUGUGCCGCAACCACAACAGCAACAUGGAAGCUUGGAAAAUAACUUGGAGAAAUACCCAUUCAGAUAUAAGACAUGGUUAAAGAACCAAGAAGAUGAGAAAAAUUUACAGAAAGACAAUUGUGAAGAUAUAUUAAACUUGAAACAAUUUGAUAGAACGAUAUCGAAAGAAUUGUCAAACUCAUCGCACAUUAAAGGAGAUAAGAGUAACCCCAGUGGUGCUCCUUCUACUAACCAAGGAAGUGAAGCUCUUAGUGUGGAUGAUAUAAGAGGUGCUGUUGGUAAUAGUGAAGCCAUCCCUGGGUUAUCCACUGGAGUGAACAAUGAGAAACCAGAGGAGAGUAAGGAUGUUGAAAUGAAAUAA